AAUGAAGAAGAACCAGGCGGCGCAAAAUCUCGAGGACAACAUCGAAGGAGGAAGAAAAAAGGUUCGGCGCUUUGAUUACAAAGACUCCGAGAAGCUCCGAAAUCAACCCAACAAAAACCAAGUUUCGUGGAAACUGGCAAAACCAAUUAUCUUGGAGAAAAACAAGGUGGACAACAAUGUCAAUUCCGUAUUCUCGCCGUUGUCCAUCCACGUUGUGCUGGGCAUGAUCGCCGCAGCCGAGUCCGAUGAGCCGGCCCGAGACCGAAUCCUCUCUUUCCUGAAGUCCAAGUCCGUUGAUGAACUGAAUUCUUCGUGUUCUAUGUUUAUCAAUUCUGUUCUCGUCGACGACAGCCCAACCGGCGGCCCUCUCUUGUCCACCGCGAACGGCAUCUGGACAGCUGAGGCUGAAACUCCACCGCCUGAUUACGUCAAUGUGUUGGAGAAGGUUUAUGAAGCUCAUUUCGGACAAGCCGAUUUCAAAAACAAGGCCGACGAGGUGCUUGCGGAAGUCAAUGAAUGGGUUGAUAAAGAAACUAAAGGCCUUAUCAAAAACAUCCUUCCUCCUGGUUUUGUUGACGGAUCCACGAGUUUAAUUCUAGCAAACGCUCUAUAUUUCAAAGGAGUUUGGCAUAAGAAGUUUGAUGCAUCAUUGACAAAAGAGCGAGACUUUUACCUUUUAAACGGCGAGACUGUAAAAGCUGAGUUCAUGACCAGUUGGGAUGAUCAACGUAUAAGUGAUUUUGAGGGUUUCAAAGUUUUGAGCCUUUUGUACCGACGAGGACGAGGCAAGGAUUGGAAUCGAUCCUUCUCCAUGUACUUAUAUCUUCCAGAUGCCAUAGACGGGUUGCCGAGUUUGGCGGACCGAAUCAGUUCGGAACCUAAAUUUGUAGAGAGCCAUGAGGGAAAUUCACUAGUUCGAGUUGGUGACUUUUUCAUUCCAAAGUUUAAGGUCUCUUUGGGAUUUGAAGCUUCCAAGAUUCUCAAGGAUUCGGGCCUGGUUCUUCGUGAUGGUUCCCAAGUUAUUCACAAAUCCUUUAUUGAGAUUGACGAACAAGGAACAGAAGCUGCUGCUGCAACUGUUUAUGGGAGGCGUUCUUGUGGGGGUGCUCUUCCUAGACCUAUGAAGAUACUAGAUUUUGUCGCGGAUCAUCCGUUUGUUUUCCUCUUAAAAGAAAAUUUAAAUGCGAAAUUAUCUUGGAAUACUACUUAUACAACUGAACUCGAUGGGACUAUCACGGUACAAUGGGAUGCGCCGGACGGUUAUCUUAUCAUUGAUCGUAUGUUAGAUUUCUCGGAACUUGUUGAUAAGGUAUUAAGUGUGAUCGGAGUUGAUAGAGAAGGGCUUUAUAUUGAUUUUUCUUUGGUAUGGACGGAGAGGUCAGGAAAAAGGUAUCGUGUGCACAUUAAUGAUGAUAAUACUGUUCGGUUCAUUUAUCUUUGUGCUGAUAAAUGGCCAGAAUUGUACCCUGAAAAAGUUGAGAGAACAGGCCAUGUUUAUGCAAGUACAUCCGCCAGAUAUUGGUGCCGCACUAGUGGUGGUAGAACAGUUGAAGACAAUGAAGAUGGAGAUGAAGAUGGAGAUGAAGAUAAAGAUGAAGAUAAAGAUGAAGAUGCAGAUGAAGAUGAAGAUGUCGGGGGUGUCGAAAGCAGUGAUGAUGAGUACGUCCCAUCGGAUGAGGACUCAGAUGACGACACUGAUUUUGAGUCAUCUUCUUCAGUCCCAUAUGUUUUCGACGACAUAAGUGGAUGGGACAAGACUUUAGAGGAAGUAGAAAACGAUGGAAUUAAAAUGUGGGAUGGCAAUCCGUUGACGCUAGGCCUUGAUAUACAUUUCGCCAACAAGCCCGAGGCACAAGCGGCAGUGGGAGAAUGGAACUUGGUACAUGGUCGGACUUUCCGGUGA